GCAGAUGCGACUCUGCAGCGCAAGACACGAGAACACUUGGUGGCAGUCGAAAGCGACGCGAAUAAAAAAGAGAGUGUACGAGGUAUACCAGAUCAGUGGCGUGUGUGCGCGCGAGAGGAAGAGAACGAGAGAAGAGACAGAGAGAAGAGACAGAGAGAGAGAGGAGGAGUAGGCGCGCAGCGGUGAGCGAACUAUACUGAGUACUGCUAUAGCGGAGCUGGCUGGCACUGGCAAUACUGGCAUCAGCGCGGCGGCGCUUGGCUGCUCGACGGGACGGCUCACGCAGCGGCUGUGCAGACGUCACGAGACACGAUGCGCCGUAGCAUUGCGUCAUACACCUAUCCUUUAACGGAUCUUUCACUCAAACAACACAGAGGUAACAGUUUACAGUAGCAGAUUCUUUCUCAUUGAUCAAUUAUUACGUUAAAACGCACCGGUAACAACUCAGCCUGACCCGUCGACUACAAUAAUCGCCAUCGCGGCUGCAGUUACCGCAAAUAACUCUUGCGGAAUAUCCUAUUUUCAAAAGACAGCAACGAACCAUCUGCGGACUUGGAGUUACCUAUCAUUAGUAACAGCGUGGGCUCGUAGAGGGGGCGUCGAGCACUAUUACGUGUCGUAUGCGAAUAUAUAUAUAUAUAUAUAUAUAUAUAUGAUAAUAGCAUGCUACGGUAUGUUCCGAGCUAAAAAAGCGAAACGCCAAAAGCGCGGAAAUUAAGAAGUAGCCUAUAAUAUAUAUACCGUGUAGACUGUAGCGGACGGCGCAGACGUCAACACGUGGAACAAAAAUGUCGCGGCGAGGGCGAGCUGUCAUCAUCGCGGCGCACUUGUUGGGCCGAUAGCCUUUUUAUACUUCUUUUUUUGGUACGUGAGUCAGAUGCCUACGUAUUUUCUCAAAAGUUCUAUAAUUAAGGCAUUCGUGAGUUGAUGGAAUUUAAAUAGAAACAAUAAGCUAUAGAUAGAUUUGCUUGUUAUUGUUUGGGCGGAUCUAACCUCACUGCAAAUCAUAAUGAACACUAUACGCAUCUUACGACUGUGCAACACUUAUUACUUCUAAGCUCUUUUGGUCUGAUACUAUUCAAAGCCAAAAUUCGUGCUUUAUUUAUUUUUGCAAAAUUUGCCCCUCUAGUAGUUUUCAACGUUAUUUUUAUCAACAAUGCUUCGAAAAAGGAACAUAAUCAAGGUUGUGAAGGAGUUGGAUGCAUUUACUAAAAUUCCAGAGGAUUAUAGGAAGCAGUCAGCAGUUGGUGGGACGUUUUCACUGGCCAGCUUCUGUAUAAUAGUUUACCUCAUCUAUGCAGAGACUUCAUACUUCCUGGACAGCCGGUUGCAGUUCAAGUUCGAACCAGAUGUUGAGUAUGACAGCCAGCUGCAGAUGAAUAUUGAUAUAACCGUAGCAACACCAUGCGAUCGAAUCGGAGCAGACAUUUUAGAUUCUACAAAUCAAAAUUUGAUGACUUCAGAGAAUUUUCAUCUAGAAGACACAUGGUGGGAUCUGACUCCAGAUCAACGAGCUCAUUUUGAAGCCUUGAAACACAUGAACUACUAUUUUAGAGAAGAGUAUCAUGCUCUUCAUGAGCUUCUGUGGAAAUCUAAUCAGUUAACAUUUUCCAAUGAAAUGCCAAAGAGAGACUAUAUACCUAGCUAUCCGUCAAAUGCUUGUCGUAUAUAUGGCAGUUUGGAUGUUAAUAAAGUAGCUGGAAACUUUCAUGUGACUUCAGGCAAAUCAGUAAUUCUGCCAAGGGGUCAUUUUCACUUCACAUCAUUCCAUUCAAGUACUGCGUACAAUUUCACGCAUAGAAUAAAUCGCUUUUCCUUUGGAAAGCCAAGUCCAGGAAUCAUUCAUCCUUUGGAAGGGGAUGAAAAAAUUACGACUGAUAAUAUGAUGCUAUUUCAAUACUUUAUUGAAGUUGUAUCUACCGACAUAAACAUGUUGAUGCACAAGUCCAAAACAUACCAGUACAGUGUGAAAGAUCAUCAAAGGCCUAUCAAUCACGCAAAAGGUUCACACGGCAUACCUGGAAUAUUUUUCAAGUACGACACUAGUGCAUUAAAGAUUAAAGUUAGCCAAGAACGAGACUCCAUUGGUCAAUUUCUCGUUAAAUUAUGUGCCACUGUUGGCUGCAUUUUUGUUACUAAUGGUAUACUAAACAGCAUUGUCCAGAACUUUUGGUGUUUAUUUUGCUAUAAAUUUUUACAAAACAGUAAUGGCAAGAGUGACGAAAAGGUUACAGUAGAUAGCAAAGGAAAAGUUAUUGGAAAUCCGAUUAAUUUGAUUAACGUGAUGGCACCGCCUAGUAUAGACGAUGUAGACCUACUUUCCAAACCUUAGUAAAAUUUAACGGAAAAACUAUGUUGCCAUUGCGAUUUUUAUACGACGUAAGUGAAAUUAAAGGACAGAUCUGUUUAGAGUAACUAUUCAACGCACAAAAGUGAAACUAUCAGCUUGGAAUAGGUGUUAUAGAGUGAUGCUUCGAUGUAAUUUAAUAAUAUUCGAUAAAUUUGUGUGCGCGACUUUUAUUACUCUUGUAUGUAUACUGUUAAAAUGCGAAAAAGUUUCUGAAGGAAUGUGGAUCAAAUAGAAAACUAUUGAAAUUAAUUGAGAUGUGAAUUUAAAAAAAGAAAAGGGAAUUUUUGACGAAUAUAAAUUUAAGGAGGUUGGAUUAUAUAAUAAUCGAAUCAACAAAUUUUAUGAUUAUAACAUAUAUUUUACAUUAUUCUGUGAUUGUACAAGUUACAAACAUUAAGGCAACGAUAAGCUGUAUUGUGUGGAUUGAAAACUGCAAAGCAGUCCAUAAAGAUUCUUUUGAUUGUUCAACAGUUAUAUUUUAUGUUCUAUUUUCUUUCGUCGAACAUGAUCCUUUCCUCGUAAGUAUAGAUUUGAAAAAAAGUGACAGGUAUAAAAAACAAAAGUAUUAAUUAACGUGCCAAUUAAUGUGCCAACGCGUUAAAAGUAUUAGUCGAUAGCAAUGCAUCGUAACUGUCACACAGAAGU